AUGUCAUUGCUAGAGGAAAUUGCCCGUGCAUGUCGUGCCAGUACACGAUCAUGUUGCAUUUCCCAGAUUAGAGUACAACCACAGCAACGAAGGCACCUCAGUCGAUCAGCACCAGCCGCCAGUCCGGCCUCCGGCGCAGCUGAAGCAGAAGUCCAAGCUGCGCGAAAGUACUGCUCGGAUCUCCUUUUGAAAUAUGACCGGCCGUCCUACACACUCAGCACGUUCAUCCCGCAGAAAUCGCAAACAUUCUACCUUGCCCUACGGGCCCUCAAUGUCACCCUCUCCAUGAUCCCCGAGACCACAUCCUCCCACACAAUCGGGUUAAUGCGGCUGCAAUUCUGGCGCGACGCCGUCACCAAGAUCCUCGCCGGCUCACCACCUAAGGAACCCAUCGCCAUUCUCUUGGCGUCUGCAAUAUCAGACCUCAACGAGCGCACACAAGGCCGGGGCCGGGUCAGCAAAGCAUGGCUGAACAAGAUGAUCAACGCUCGCGAGCAAACCCUCACAAACGACCCGUACCCCACCAUCUCCGCGCUGGAAACGUACGCUGAAAACACCUACUCGACCCUGCUCUACCUGACUCUGUCCUCGCUACCCAUGACGUCCAUCACGGCCGACCACGUCGCAUCGCACAUUGGCAAAGCUGCCGGUAUCGCCGCGGUCCUCCGCGGCCUGCCGCUGGUUGCAUUCCCGCCUCCUCAGGCUCAGUCGCCCACGCAGGCUGCCUCAGGCACCUUCGGAGGAACUAAGCAAGGCGCAGUGAUGCUGCCGCUGGACAUCAUGGCGCACGCGGGCGUGAAGGAGGAAGAUGUCUUGCGGAUGGGCGGUGAGGCACCGGGACUACGUGAUGCCGUCUUCGCAGUUGCGACGCGUGCAAGCGAUCAUCUGAUUACCGUGCAGCAGAUGCUGAGCAAUCUCCGCGCUGGUCAGGAUGUAGGGCAUGACUUUGAGCAUGCGGGUGAGGAGGGACAUGAGUACCUCGCGGAACAACGGGACGAGUCGCCCUUGAACGAGGUGAAUCGGGCUUUUGGUGUUUUCAUGCCUGCGGUGGGCACGCGACUGUGGCUGGAUAGGUUGGAGAGUGUCGAUUUUGAUAUCUUCCGGCCGGAGCUGCUUCGGUCUGACUGGAAGCUGCCCUGGAAGGCUUACUUGGCGUUUAACCGGAAGUCUUUCUGA